AAAAAGGGAGAAUAAGGAAAAAGACGAUUUGAAGUCGGUGAAAAUAUUGGUGUCGAAUAUUCUUUCAAGUACAACGAUCGAGUUAAGAGGAAAGGAGAAGCCCGGCAGGCUGUUGGGACGUCUGGUAGGCGCUCGCGAUUGCUCGUUCCGCAGUGAUUUAUCUCAACACUCCCAAAACGGCAACCCGUCGUUGUCGUGGUGCUGCCGGGGCCCCGCCGUUAGCCGCGAGAGAUCGCGAGAAGGGAGCACGGCAGAAUCGGUUGCCUCCUCCGCAAACGUUACCACCGCUUCCUACGCCGCAUCUUGUUGGCGGCCAAGUGAGAUGGAGGAGAAGUCCUCGGCGCGCUUCUCGGAGUACCUGUUCGCCAAGAUGGACGGGCAGGACGUCUCGGCCUCUCAGGGUCCCCGCAAGGUGACCGCCGACACUAGGAAGUGGAUGCGGGAGAAUCUCUUGCUUAUGAUCACUCUGUCAGGUGUACUUCUUGGUGUAAUCCUUGGAUUUGGUUUGCGACCAUUGGGCCUUAGCGAAGACGCUGUCAUGUUGAUCAGCUAUCCUGGAGAACUUUUUAUGCGAAUACUGAAAUUAAUGAUUCUACCGUUGGUAAUUGCUAGCCUCAUAUCAGGUUCAGCCAGUUUGAACGCUAGGAUGAACGGAAUGAUAGCCGUACGAACUCUUGUCUAUUUCAUACUCACGUCUUUCCUUAACGCCGUAAUAGGAGUUAUCCUUGUUCUUGUUAUUCAUCCUGGAAAUCCAGGAAUCAGGGAAUCGAUUACACUUCCGACUCACGCCAGAGCCGUCAACAUCUUAGACAGCCUUCUGGAUUUAGGAAGGAACAUGUUUCCUGACAACCUCUUUCAAGCUGCAUUUCAACAGGCACAUACCGUUUAUGUACCAAGAAAACCACCGGUACAAAAUCAAACCGAUGGUUUGUCGGUCAAAGUAGUCGGCGAAGAAGACCUGAUAAGAGUGAUCCAAUAUAGAAGUGGUACCAAUACUUUAGGCAUCGUCUUCUUUUGUCUAGUCUUUGGCACUUUCCUAGGUACCCUUGGUGAAAAGGGUCAGGUUGUGAUAGAUUUCUUCAAGGCUGUUUUCGAGGUCAUUAUGCGAAUGGUCUCCACUGUAAUGUGGAUGACACCGAUAGGUAUAACUUCGGUAAUAGCAGGGAAAGUCCUCGGUGUGAAUGAUCUGGCGCUGGUAAUGUCGCAGCUAGCCUGGUUCAUCGUCACGAUCGUGAUCGGUGUCUUUUUCUAUCAGCUGGUGGUGAUGCAGUUGAUCUACCUGGCCGUCGUGAGAAAGAACCCCUUUAGAUUCUACGCCGGCCUCGCCCAGGGUACACUCACCGCCUUCGCCAUGGCAUCAACGGCCGCCGCACUCCCCGUUACUUUUCGACUGAUGACCGAGAAGCUCAGGGUCGAUCCCAGAGUCACCAGAUUCGUCCUCCCGAUUGGGUGCAACAUCAAUAUGGACGGAACCGCACUCUUCGUCGCGGUUGCAAGUAUCUUCAUCGCUCAGAUGAACGGGAUUAUUUUGGGUUUCGGGGAGAUCAUUACUGUUAUUUUGACAUCCACAGCAGCAUCCGUUUCUUCAGCUUCGGUUCCAAGUGCAGCUCUAGUUUUACUACUAGUUGUUUUGAGUGCCAUUGACGCACCUGUUCAUGACGUUUCUCUUCUCUUUGCUAUCGAUUGGUUUGUAGAUCGUAUAAGAACGACCAAUAAUAUGUUAGGAGAUUGUUAUGCUGCUGCUGUAGUAGAACAAUUGUCUAAAAAAGAAUUAAUGGCAUUGGAUGCAGCAGCUUAUCAGUCUGAAACAGUACUGCCCACAACCUUAGCCAAUGGAUGCAUCUCGGCUAACAGGGUACCCGAUCCUGAUACUAUCGUCGUUGAAAUGCAAGACGACACGAGGAUAGCCGGCAUCGCCAAGUAAACUAACUUGUUGCAUCAGCGUACUACCAAUACCACGAAGUGUAACGGAGGAGACCGUUUGACUAAUGGCCGAUCUCGCAAGACAAUUUAAUACGGUAUACCAACGAGAUAUGCCGAUCGAUUGAGAAAACAAACUCUCAGUGGCGAGGUUAAACAUUAGGCACGACCAGUGCCUUUAAUUUUCCCCCUUUCAUUUAUUUUUCAUUUAAUUUUAUUAAACUAGAGUUACCAACUUUUCAAUCCCCCAAAAAGAAAGAAAAUGUCGACAGAGAUACUCGGCUUGGACACUGGAUGACUAUGAAAAGUCACGGAUUUACUAUUUCUCCAUUUUUUGAAAGAGUUUAAGUGAGCAAUGUUUUUAGACUGCGAUUCGAUCGACCAGGAAAAAAAGAGAGGUAGAUAAAAAAAAAAAGAGAAAGUUCGAACGCAAGACAAUUUUAAAAAAGAACAAAAUAUUAAAAAACAAAAUGAAAAGGAGUCAAUAUCGUAUCGAAACGUUCGUGCGUUUACGAUACAAGAGUAGCAAUAAAAAUAUUUGAGAUACGUAAGUUUAAAAAAAAGAUUUAAAAAAAAUGCGCUUCUAUAAAUUAUUAUAGGAGCACCGAUUCGCGUGUAAAAAAAAAAUCUCGCUCGUGUUAUACUACGAAAGUGCGUUUUCCCGUCUAUUUAUUUCUUUUUGUCUAUUUUUCUCUAAUAGAUCUUUCUAUAUUUUUUUAUUUUUAUUUUUUUUCCUCUUCUUUCCUUGUUUGUUUUUUUUAAACUAAAAUUGGUACUUGUUACUACGAAAGAAACGGUAGUUUUCGGAACGAUAAAAAAACGAUCGACAAUUUUGCAGGUAAAUGAAAAUAAAAAAAAUAUACUUGUCGAUUAUUAAACGCGAAAAAAAAAA